AUGGUAUGUUCAUCCAUAGAUGGUAGAGAAAGACUGGAAACACCUGAAAUCUAUGAAACCUGCUCUUCUCUUGAGCACUCAGCACCUGCUCACUCACCACAACCAAUACUGAUUCACUCCCCUGUGGGUUACACCAUCAGUCCAUCACCUACAUGUGAUAAAAUUGUUUCUUCAAUUGAACCUGAGGACUCACCAUCAUCCCCUGUAUCACCUGAGAUAAAUGAAACUUGCUCUUCUUCUGAGCACUCAGCAUCCGCUCACUCACCAGAACCAGUACUGAUUCACUCCACUGUGGGUGACACCAUCAGCCCAUCACCUACAUGUGAGAAAAUUGUUUAUUCAGUUGAACCUGAAGACUCUCCAUCCUCCCCUGUAUCACCUGAGAUCAAUGAAACCUUCUCUUCUUCUGAGCACUCAGCACAUGCUCACUCACCAGAACCAGUACUGAUUCACUCUCCUGUGGGUUACACCAUCAGCCCAUCACCUACAUGUGAUAAAAUUGUUUAUUCAGUUGAACCUGAAGACUCUCCAUCCUCCCCUGUGUCACCUGAGAACAAUGAAACCUUCUCUUCUUCUGAGCACUCAGUACAUGGUCACUCAACAGAACCAGUACUGAUUCACUCUCCUGUGGGUUACACCAUCAGCCUAUCACCUACAUGUAAGAAAACUGUUUAUUCAGUUGAACCUGAAGACUCUCCAUCCUCCCCUGUGUCACCUGAGAACAAUGAAACCUUCUCUUCUUCUGAGCACUCAGUACAUGGUCACUCAACAGAACCAGUACUGAUUCACUCUCCUGUGGGUUACACCAUCAGCCUAUCACCUACAUGUAAGAAAACUGUUUAUUCAGUUGAACCUGAAGACUCUCCAUCCUCCCCUGUAUCACCUGAGAUCAAUGAAAUCUGCUCUUCUUCUGAGCACUCAGCACCUGCUCACUCACCAGAACCAGUACUGAUUCACUCUCCUGUGGGUUACACCAUCAGCCCAUCACCUACAUGUGAUAAAAUUGUUUAUUCAGUUGAACCUGAAGACUCUCCAUCCUCCCCUGUAUCACCUGAGAUCAAUGAAACCUUCUCUUCUUCUGAGCACUCAGUACAUGGUCACUCAACAGAACCAGUACUGAUUCACUCUCCUGUGGGUUACACCAUCAGCCUAUCACCUACAUGUGAGAAUAUUGUUUAUUCAGUUGAACCUGAAGACUCACCAUUCUCCCCUGUAUUACCUGAGAUCAAUGAAACCUGCUCUUCUUCUGAUCACUCAGCACCUGCUCACUCACCAGAACCAGUACUGAUUCACUCUACUGUGGGUUACACCAUCAGUCCAUCACCUACAUGUGAGAAAAUAGUUUAUUCAGUUGAACCUGACGACUCUCUAUCCUCCCCUGUUUCACCUGAGAUCAAUGAAACCUUCUCUUAUUCUGAGCACUCAGCACCUGCUCACUCACCAGAACCAGUACUGAUUCACUCCCCUGUGGGUUACACCAUUAGCCCAUCACCUACAUGUGAGAAAAUUGUUUAUUCAGUUGAACCUGAAGACUCUCCAUCCUCCCCUGUAUCACCUGAGAUCAAUGAAAUCUGCUCUUCUUCUGAGCACUCAGCACCUGCUCAUUCACCAGAACCAGUACUGAUUCACUCUCCUGUGGGUUACACCAUCAGCCCAUCACCUACAUGUGAGAAAAUCACUUCUUCAACUGAUCCUGAGGACUCACCAUCUUUCCCUGUAGUCACAAUGAUUGAUUGCAGUGAUAUCUGCUCCUCUCCUGAUCAUUCCGUUCCAGCUCACUCACCAGAACCUGAAAUAAUUCACUCACUGAUGAGUUUUACCAUCAGCCCAUCACCUACACAUAAGAUAAUGUUUUUUUCGGUGGAACCUGAUGACCUACCAUUCUCCCCUGCCAUCACAGGAACUGAUUACACAGUAACACCAACACGCGGUAGAGAUUCCACACCUGUGUUAAGUAGCAUUACCUCCACUCCAAACGGCAAAGAAAAUUACCAUAUACCAGAGCCCAAUUCCCCAGCCCCUUCACUGGAAUUGAGAUCAGUCAUCUGCUCACCUGAAAUCAAAACAAUAUCAUAUAGUGUUCUGCCACAAAAUACAAAAUCCUCUAGCAUCACAUAUAGCGUUAUACAAUCUGAAGAUUUAGCACAAUCACCUGCAGUAGAGACAAAUGUCUGUGGCAACUCCUCUGAAACUUCCAACUAUAUUUUUGGAAAUGACAACUCUGUCUCGCCUAUCUCAAGGAUUUUUUUGUCAACACCAGAGAGUAGAUCAAUGCCUUCAUCAGCUGCAUCAGACCAUACCAAACACACAGCACAAUCCUACUAUCUCCAACCUGAGCCUUCCGUCACUCUUGAAAAGGAAGAAAAUCAGACUUUAUCCAUAAUCUGUAAUGGAAUUAAUCAUCCUUUCUCUAACCCAAUAGACUGUUUUAAUUGUUUUGAUGACCUUGCUGACACAAAGAUUCCCAAAAGCAUUGCAUCUGUCCCAGACGAAUGUAAAGGCAAUGGACCACCAGUUCUUAGCCAAAUGCAGAUCUUGCAAGCUUCAAUCUCUAAAACCUCAGAUUCUGGAUUGUCCACAGAAAAAAAUGAGAAAAAUCAAGAAAUUGUCACUGAUAACACAACUGAUUUAACUGUCUGUGGAACACCAACUUCCAGGAGUCCAUGGGCCGCAUCUGUGCCUAAGCCAAUGAUAUCUGUACAGAUGAAACAAUGCCAUGUUGAGGGUUUUGAUAGCAGCAAGGGAACAGAAAUGUUGAAAAAUGAUUCCCCAAACAGCAACAAGAGGCUUAGUCAAGUGCCUGUAGCAUUAAGAGAUAGCCCAGGGGUUAUCAGAAGGGACAAUGGUGGUGAAUUUGACAGGCAGCCAUGCAGGGAAAAGGAAGAGAGUGGAAAGGAGGGGGGAGAGAGGGAGGAGACUAUAGGAGAGACUAGUUACAGAGGGGAACAGGUUGAACUGUCAUUUAGGGCCAGGAAUAGAAAAGGGCCUGCAGGCCACAGCCCAGCUCGCUCAUGUCAAGACCCAAAGUCAGGAAUUCCAGCUCGCUGUUAUUAUGAGUCGAACCCAACAACUCUGCAGCAACAGAGUCAGCUCAGAGCUCAGGACUCACAACAAAAGAAUAAGGUUGGCACCAGGAGGCUCCAGUCAGCUGCCCAGGGUAAAUACAGCAGUGCAGGCUUUCUUACUCCUGAAUGUACUGGUGAGACCUCCAGCAUGGGAAGUGAGUUUGAUGAAGCAGACAAUGAAGUAAAGUGGUUUACAGAUCUGGCCUUCAGAAGCCUAUCUAGCCCUCAGGUGGAUUAUUUGGAUGUGUACAAUUCAAGUCACAGGUCAUCUACAAAUCUUUCACAGCCUUCGACCGUAGACAUCCCUGGUGCUGUUGCAUGGAUGACAUAUGCAGACUUGCAUGGCUCAGCGUUACAUGAAAACGAUGGCUCAUCUUUUCUUCCUCGUGAUGGCCUGGACCUAAACAAACACUUCGAAAUAGGGAGAUUUGAGUGUGUGGAUGUUGCAUUAGAGAGCAAGGAAGAGUCCAGCAGAGGAAAGAGAACAGUACCUAAAAGGCAGAUCCAACUGUUAAGGCGGAACACAGAUGAAUCAAAAUAUAAAGGAAACACUGAAAAUAUUUUGAAUUCACCCUCCACACAUAGACGCUCAAAAGACACACUUGUUCGUCAACAUAGCACACCAGCAUUUGUGCCAAAGGAAGUUUCCAAGGAGGUGCCAGAUUCACCACAAAAUGACAGGAAAAAGACACUGCAGAAGUCUGUGUGUUUAGAUGAUGGCUCCCCUAAGACACAUAUGGCGUCUUGCAUUAUCAAGAGUGUGUUGUCAAAGAAAAUGCAGGAUGUGCAGAAAGAGACACCAAAAAGUACAGAUCCAGGUCGAUCUGCAGAUAAAAACAAACAUCCUGAUGUCAGCCUCAGCUCUUUUUGUGGUGUACCAAGUACCAUGGAGGAACAUAGUUUAAGCCCUAGCCUGCAUUCUCAAUGUACGCUUUCAUCUGAAGAUUUAGCUGUCGGAGAGGAGAGAAUUUCACAUCGUCAGCUGAAGAAGUGUGCUCCAAAAGUUCCUCCAAAACCACUCUUAAGACCUGCAUUCUUUAAUACUGGGGAAGCUCAGGUAGCUGGCAACAUUACAAGGGAAGAACCAAAGCCUAUAUUGGCCCAUCCACAAGUUGAUGACAAAAUGCAAAACUGCAAAAGUGAUGGGAAAGAGGGUGGAGGUAGCAACCUUGAAGAAAAGUACAAUAGGGACUCAGAAAAUGCUAGUAUCAGGAAUAAAAGUCCUGCUGUUGCUUCACCAACAAUUAGCAUGCCAAGCAAAAUGACAAGCCGAGACAUAAAGAAGUGCCAGAUGACACCAGAAAACCAGAAACAGCUGGCUGAAAAGAGUGUAUUUACAUCAAAAACCCCAGAAAUAACUUUGAAACCUUCUUCUAUCAAACAAAAAAAGACAUAUUCUCUGAAAGUAUCUCUGUCCCCUGACUUGGAACAGUCCAGGGAAAUUUCUGAAUCUCAGACAAUGGAAAAAGCUGCAGAAGAUAUAAGCACCAGAUCUACCAAAGUCACAGAGACCGAAGACAAUGAUGACAGCAACAAAAAAUCUGUUAUACAUAGAGUUAGGGAUGUGAGGAAGUUAGUAAAAAACACAUACAACCUGUGUUUCAAAGCAUCAAAUUCUACCUCUAGUGCUGAAGACAUGGUCAUACAAGAGAAAAGAGAGAAGCCACCACAAACUCCUCCAGCCUUGCAAAUUGAAUGUAAAGCCAUCAGUUGGAAGGACAAACAAACAUCAGGCAACAAAGCAAUCCACUGUCAUGAUGAAAAACAACCUGUUGACAUAUCAAAAAUAUUACAACCAAGGGUGUGCGCAGAGACAAGAAGAGAUGCUGACAUGACUGAAAUAACAUCCAAAGUCUCUUCACCAAAGACAGAGUCACAACAAAAAUUGCCAUAUUCUAACUCUACAACCACAAAUGGAUUACCUGAAUCAGAAAGUAUUACUAAGAAAUUUUACAUUCACUGUGAUCAGAGUUCUAAGAUGCCUCCUAGACCCCCGAGUAAGGAGCGAGAAGUUUCUGCAUUGGUGGUUCUUCCAGAUUCCAAAUCCAAGACAAAGAACGUUGCCCCAACAGUCCUUGACUCUACUCAAAUGAAAGCUGCAAGCAGCAGCCACUCCGUAUCCAUGCUACUAAAAGAAAAAGGGAUACAGGCUGAUAUUGGAGUGUGUAAUGUUCUCACUGAAGGUGCAAGUGCUACAGCUAAACAUGUCAACAAGCUUGAGGUACCUGUACAAGCCUGUUUAUCAGAAAUCAUUUUAAGUGAAGGACAAGUAAAAAAUACAUCAUUGCCUUGCAAUCCAACAGCUCUUGUGAAGGAUUCAUCAAGAACAUCUCAACCGAGUGAGAGUCCCAAAGGAACACUGACAGAAACAUUUUCAAAGGAACAAGAAAGAAAGAAAAUAACUGCCACUUAUUUAGCAACAUCUGAAAAGCCAGAGGUGAGGUCUUUUUCAUGUAGUACAAAAAAUAAUGCCACACCAAUGAACCCAUCAAAAGAGAUUGAGUUACCCAUACAAGUGAGGUCAAUAUCCACCGAUAGACUAAAGCCGUUUGUACCACCAAAACCCAGCAAUAAACAGUCAUUUGCAGAAAUUACGUCAGUAACAAGUGAUCAAUCAAAAGCAGAUAGUCAAGCAUCAUCUGUUAUUACACAACAAACCAUGUUAAAUAGUGAAUCAAAGAAAAAUGAAACCCCAUUAACAGCAAUACACAAGGAUCAACCAAACGAGACUUCAUCAAGAGAUACAAAAAGACUGGCUGUAUCAGCUGUAUCAAGCUACAAACAACCAUCUAGCCCAGUCACAUCAACUCCAAGUGUUGUGCAAAAAUCCACCACAAAGACAUUGUUCAGUCUGGAUCAACAACAAUCUUCUGCUUUCUUGCAAACAACCAGCACAUGCCAGCAGCAAAGCCCAUCAUUAAGUCAAGACCAGUCAAUGCUAGAUAGUUCCUUUGCUUCUAACCCAUCAGGACCACAAACCCUUGGCCACACAGAAUCUGUGACGAGAGCAUCAUCUAAUAAUCGUUUUCACACAGAUGAGUAUCUUUUCUACGCUUCAGAUGAUCCUCCUAGCUAUGAUGAGCAAGAGAGUUUCAGCCCACUACGGCUAUCAGACUUACCCCCCCAUAGGUCAUGCCGGUAUCAUCCAACCACAAAGCAAUCUUCUUGCUCCUGUACACCAAGUUCUCAUUUACAUCAUGGACACCCCCACCACAGUCCACAGGAAUGGGUACCAGCAGUUUCUCUGUCUCCAGGCCAAGUCCUUACCUGUCCCGGAGCUCCUCCGCAAGUUCAAGUUCGUCCUCGUCAGUGCAGACCAGAUGGUCUGCCAGUCUCCGAUACCACAAUACCCCAUGCCUCCACUUUGGUUCAGCCUCUUCACAACCCACGAGCUUGCCCUGUUUCAAACUCACAAUCCUAUGGUGAUGACCAACCACCAACUUCUGGGUUGCUUGUAGAUAGGCGCCCAGCUAAUCAUCCUUCACCUCAAGCAGCAGGUCCUGCUCCCUAUCAUGAGUAUUCUAAUUUAGCUAACAUGUCUACUGUAGAUCCCAGGCCUCAGUUGUUUAAUCCCCAAGAUUUGCCUCCAUCUUUUGGCCAUGAUUAUGCAAAUGAAUGUCCAGGUGGAGCUGGUGUAUUGUAUCCAGAGAAUACAACUGGGCUCAGCUGUGGCCAAGGUUCUCGCCAUGUCCUUCUUGAUCCUGAGACUGGUAAAUACUUCUACAUUGAGGUACCAGUGCAACCACUCAGAAAAAUGCUGUUUGAUCCUGAAUUGGGCCAGUAUGUGGAAGUUCUCAUACCACAGCAGGCAAUGUCCCAUUCAGGGUUGUAUCCACCAGCUGCUCCACCCUACUCCUCUUUGCAUAGUCCUGGGUUGUAUGCCCCACAGUACCUUCCUUAUGCAGUGCCAUCUUACCCAACAAUCUCAGGAAGUGCCCAGAAAGUUUGCCAUCCAGAGCCACCUCCUGUCCCCACCACACUUCACCAGACUUCCUUCAGGUAUGGAAGUCCUGCAAGCCAGAUGCCAAAAAAUGAACCAAAAGGCCAUUCAUCACUGGAUCAAAGUUAUCUAGAGAGCAUGUAUUACAUCCCCACUGGGAUAAAUGCAAGUCCAAAUUCAACCACUUCAGACUGCUACCACGAGCCAUCAAGCAUGCCUCAUUCCGGGGGAAGAAGAGCAUGAAACAGCAGUGGAUUCAUGUGGUCUGUUUACAUUUGAAAUCUGUUCUAGUAGGCAGCCUU